CGAACAACUUUCUUUCUUUUCAAUUUCACGAGAGACAAUGAAAUAAUCGAUACAAGUAAUACUUCAUCCAUGGUAUCUAUGAAACUGAGCAGAAAACGGUAGCUAAAACGUAAAUAGUGUGGACAUGGGAUUUUGGUCAGUUUUAUCUGACCAUCUUAACUGAUGAAACAAAACGUACGAUAAGACGUUACGUGUAGCCCGGGCUUUAUACAUACAACCUCUCAUACGUCAGUCUGUGCACGUAGUGAGGUUACCUUAACUUUAGCAGGUGAAAGAUUUAUCGCGGGAAAAGCAACUGAAACCCUGAGCGGAAGGAUGCGAAAUAUGUCUGUUAGAUGAGGCUUCAACUUUAAUUUAGUAGUCAAAACGACAGAUUCUGAACUAUUAGUGAGGAAAAAGUAUUCUGUGAUUCGCCUUAUGUUGUAAUCCGUGCACAGAACUUAGUAGUUCGGAGAAAAUUCGAUCAGAUUACUGCAGAUUUCAUGUUUGUUUCGGCGUCCCACCGUGAUUGCGAACACAUAUAAAAAUGAGUGAAGUGGAUAAAGGUAUAGAACUGAAUCAUUCCCCAGUGUUGUUCUUGGAUGAAAGGAAUAAUCCGUUGACAUUUAUUAUAAAACCGUGUGCAGAUAAAGAAGCAAUAAGAGAAAUGAUUGAGUUUGGUGGUGGUGAAGUUGUUUCAAUUCCUGGCGACUAUGGUAUUACAUUGAUCCCAGAAGAUGUUGCUCUUAUUGGUAAUGAUGAAGUCUUUUCAAUUCAGUAUAUCAAAGAAUGUUGUACCAGGAACAAACUUCUGAACUUGAAUUCAUACAGACUGAAUACAGAGUCUAGGUAUUCAGAUGGUUUUGAGGUUAUGGAUGUUUUGCUUAAAUAUACAUCUUGGUCUGAUGCUCUGAAAGGCAUCCCAUAUGAAAGAAGCUUUUAUUUAUUACUAAGUAGUUCUCCUUCAGACAGCAGCUUUGAGGAUGAUCUUGGCAAUUUAGAGCUAGCUCCUGGUCCAUCCAGCAGCCAUGCGGUUGGGCCUCACUUACAGACUUCUUGCUCUAAUAAUAGGAUGGAUAAUAAUAAAAGUGAAAAGAAGUCUCUUGAAGGCAGUGAAAAUCCGUGUGGCAAGUGGUUAGAGAAAAGGAAACGGAGGAUUAUUAGAUUCACAUAUUCCAGUGAUAGUGAAGAUGAAAAAGAGAAAACAGGAAGCAAUGAAAGAGUUGAAAAUAUUACAUGUAAAGGACAUAUUAACACUUCUAAAGUGUCAAAAUAUAAUGAUAAGGUUGAAGAUACUACUCUCAAGUCAUCAAAACUGGGACUUAAUAGACAUCAAAGGCCAAAGAUCAUACCUACGGCUUCAAAGCAUAAGUCAUUGCGAAAGGAACUCAGCUCUUCUUCUGAUGUUGAAAUUAUAAGUGAUGAUGAGCUAUGGAAUAUACCUGUCCUGAAAUCAAACAAGACAGCUACAAAGCCGACGAGAAGAGAUUAUGUAGACAAGGAGAAACGAGCUAUAAUUGCUUUCAUCACCAAACAUGAAAACCAUGACUACGUAAAAGGCCGCGAAAUCUGGCAAAAGGCAGAGGCAGCACAGAUUUGUCCAGGUAGGACGUGGCAGUCAAUGAAAGAACAUUUUAUUAAGAAGAUAAUACCAAAUAUACAUUUAUUCAACUUGCCCAAAGAAGAGGUUCGGAAGUUCCGGAGACCCUUCAAAUAAGAAGAUGUCUUCCCAGCACAAGAACCCUCAGAGCUGUGAUACAAGGAGCGGUGUUAAUCGAAUUCAGUACAAAAAUAAAUGUCAUUGAUUUUACAAAUACAUAAAGAUUUUCCAAGGUUAUCAGUAUUAAGUUGAUUUGCUUUGUUUUCAAGCAAGUAUACACUUUAAUACAUUUUUCAAAUAAAAAUGUGAGGUAAGGAAUUUUCACAUGAAUCUCUUGUUUUGUAUAGACCUUGUAAUUGAAUAAGUAAUUUUGCAACAUUAUGACAAAUAUUCCAUUUAUUUUGUGUGAAAUUAGAUAUGGUAGAAUAAUUGUGAAUGAAAAAUGAGGAGGGCAAGCGAGGAAUUGGUAAUGGUCAAUUUUAAAGUGUAUAAUAUUUUAUGUUGUUGGUGUAGUGAAGCUCUCCAUGGUGGUUGUUUCAGUUUUGAUUCCAUGUCGACUGUAGGUGGGUACCAACGUCAUAGGAACAUACUGCCUAAAGGAUUAAAGAUGGAGGCAGUAUGUUUGUACCCACGUAGAGGUCAUAUAGAAUCAUAAUCCAGAAGACUGCCAUUGACAUUCUAAAGUAGUUUUUUGGCCUUUGAAGGAACUGAGGAAAGUCCAGGAUUUCAGAUCAGCAAUUAGGACCCCAGCAUUGUACCAGUUACAGUUGCACCACUGCAUUAUGUGUUUUGUAAAUGUAGGGAAUAAAUGUGUUCAUAUAUGAUUUGUUGGCUGGAGCAAGUACACAGUGAUGUAUAGUUUGCGAUUAGCAUAUUCAAGCAGUACAUUUGACACCAAGAGGAUGCUUUAUGUUGUAUACAUUGCUUUGAAAUUGUUUAGCCAUUCUUGAGAAAACUUAAUAGAGCUCUCAUUUGGCAGUAACAUUGAAGAAUGUGUAAUUUUUAAUCAGUUACUGCGCUCUUUCUCACUUUAAAUGUAUAAAAAUGUAGUAAAAUUGGCGUCAUGAUCAAUAAGAACUGGAUGACCUGUCUGCUGUAGGAAACAAGUCCAUAUUGACAGCAGGUAUUCACAUGACAAAAUACAUUGACCUUGAAUAGUUCCCUUAUUUUUUUAUUCUUACCACUGGAUAAAUUUCAUAACACCGUUAUGAUAAUGUAUUUUAUAUACUAAUGUAGGGAAUAAGAAUCUUUGAAAUUACUAAAUUCUUGGACUUAUUUAGUAAUAAUUGUGAAUGCAAUAUGUGUAUAAUGUUUACAGUGAACAAUAAGAAAUAUAUAUUUUUGAGUA